UUGGAAAGCCUUGAAGGAAAACAAGGAAAACCAAGGUUGAAGCCUCCUUUUCCAGCUAAUGCAGGGCUAUAUGGAUGUCCAACAACUGUUACAAAUGUUGAAACUGUGGYKRUUUYCCCCACCAUUUUAAGGCGUGGUCCUGAAUGGUUUGCUAGUUUUGGCAGGAAGAACAAUUCUGGGACAAAGCUAUUUUGUGUCUCAGGCCACGUGAAUAAGCCUUGUACAGUUGAAGAGGAGAUGAGUAUUCCAUUGAAAGAGCUGAUAGAGAGGCACUGUGGAGGAGUUAGAGGUGGAUGGGAUAAUUUGCUUGCAGUGAUACCAGGGGGUUCUUCUGUUCCACUGAUUCCAAGGCACAUAUGUGAUGAUGUAUUGAUGGAUUAUGAUGCACUCAAGGCUGUCCAAACGGGUUUAGGGACAGCUGCUGUAAUUGUGAUGGACAAGUCAACUGAUAUUGUGGAUGCAAUUGCUAGGCUCUCUUACUUCUACAAGCAUGAAAGUUGUGGGCAGUGCACACCAUGCAGGGAGGGGACAGGAUGGCUGUGGAUGAUCAUGGAGAGGCUGAAGGUUGGAAACGCGAAGCUGGAGGAAAUAGACAUGCUUCAAGAGGUGACAAAGCAGAUUGAGGGACACACCAUCUGUGCAUUGGGCGAUGCUGCUGCUUGGCCUGUGCAGGGACUCAUCAGGCAUUUCAGACCUGAGCUGGAAAGGAGGAUCAGGGAGCGUGCCGAAAAGGAGUUGCUUGAAGUUGCUGCUGCUUGAAUCAUCCACCCAGGGAAAUAGCGGAUGUGUUGGUCCUUGUGGAAUAAAAUUGAAAGAAAUCUAUGUUUGGAGGAGAGGUAACUCCAGAUUUCUGGAUGUUUUACAUAUACUGGUAUGUCCAUUAUGCUGAAUGGUUCAUCUAAUGUUUCAGCUGUUAAAGUAUUUAUUUACAUCUUAAACCUGGAACUUAAACUUGUUCUGCACUAGUCAGGAAUGAGUCACCAAUCUUUCUUUUCGGGAACAUUGACCACUUUCACCUUUUAACUUGGGGGAUUUGAGAGUGGCUGUCUUCAACAACAUUUUGGAAAUCCUUGUCAUCUUUCACAUUUUAUUUAUUGUUUCUAUAAAUGGAAUUAUCUUAUCUCAC